AGGAAGACAUUCGGAGGCUAUAUGUCCUCUGAUGCAGAUAACAGUGGAGUCAGACAGUUGCUUCAGAGGCACAGAAGAGCAAUAAACCAGCUCAGCAAACUACUGCAGAGGAGCCAAGUCACUGUCUGUUACUCUAGUCCUGUUUAUAUCCGUGACAGUACCCAGGGCUCCAUGAUGGAUCAGCUGUUGUUAUUCCAGGAGAAUUUUGAGCGAGUUCAGGCAGUGGAGUAUUCUUUUGGCCCGUCAGGGAAACCUCUCGCCCAGCCAGAUCGGAUUCUGGUUGGAGAGGGCCGUCUGAUGAAGCUGAGUCGUCGGGGGCCACAGCCCAAAGUCUUCUUCCUUUUCAAUGAUGUGCUCGUAUACGGCGGUAUCAUCCUUCAUGGUCGCUGGUACAAAAACCAACAGAUCAUCCCUCUAGAGGAUAUCCAGCUGAAGAAUUUAGAGGAUGGCCAACAAAUUAAAAACCAAUGGUUGAUCCGCACGCCACGUAAGUCAUUCUUUGUGGCAGCAGCCUCGUCUGAGGAGAAGCUGGCCUGGAUGGAGCACAUCCUGGACUGCCGCUCCAGACUGCUCCAGAGCACUGGUCUCCAACCCGGGUCCAGCUUUGCUGUUAGAUGGAUCCCUGACCAGGCCUCUGCCAUAUGCAUGUGCUGCUCCAGCAGGUUCAGUGUGACCCACCGUCGACACCACUGCCGAAGAUGUGGCUUCGUAGUCUGUGGUUCAUGCUCAAAGCCACGGGCACUAAUACGCCACAUCCACCCCACAAAGCCUGUGAGGGUGUGCAAGCUGUGUUACCAAAGUCUUCUCAAGGAAAAAAUUGAAACCCAAGAGAGCUCACGACUGAGGGAGAACAGCGAUGAGAAGAUCUACCCAGACGAAGAUGACACAGCUGUCCAUGACGAUGAAGCAUCCAGUGAUGACGAGGACAGCGAGGACCUGAUAGAGGCCCACACUUCAGAGUGGCUGGGCUCCCAGCUUGACUCCUGCAGGAGUCAACUUAACGGAAGCCAGAGCACAAGAGGACCAAUAAAGCACAACUUCUCCCAGAAGAGGGGUAAAGCUUAACCCAGAACUAGCAAAUGAUCUUGAACAUUACUGGAAAGGUCAUCACUGGCUUAGAACCCAAACAACCUGUCACUACUUUCUUUCUUGUCACUGCUGUACACUGUAAUUUCCAUAGGAUGGAUCCAACAUACCGGGACAGUUUGGCACUUUCUCUUGCCCCCAUCCCCACACCUUCUGUUGCGUUGGAAAAGUAGCACUCAACCAAUAGUACUGGACUGCUCAAGCUGCUUAUUUACCAUGUUAACUGCUGCUGAUAAGAACAACUUUAAUCACAUCACAAACACACUACCUUCAGAAUCAUUGGUAUUCUCCACAUAUUUUGUUUGCAUGUCCCACUGUGGGUCAUGUGCGUAUGUAUGUAGUAUAUAGUAGUGCCUAUAUACCGAUGUGUGAUUGUGUAUUCUAUAUAUAUAUCCCACGACCCUGAGAGCAGGAUAAACGGUUCAGAUAAUACUCAGGCAACAAAUGUAUGUGUAUGAGACAAAGAAUCUAUCAAAGCUAAGGCAGAUGAUGUACACGGUGGUUUUAAUUAGAUCAGAAUCGUGUGGUAGAUCGAAUGAGAAAAAGCCACAAAUGGGCUGCAUUGUUUUGAAUAAAAUGCUUUAUUUUUUAUUUUAAUUCAAAACUGUCAUUACAGCAUUUCUUUCAGAAGUACUUGUAGAAGCCCUGAAAUUAUUAUUAUUAUUAUUAUCAUUAUUAUUAUUAUUAUUUUAUUUUGAUAUACAUUUUACAAUGGGCCUUUAUUUUCUCAUAUGAGGUUUAAAUAUCUACUAUAUGUUGUUGGGAAAUCUUAGGAGUAGUGUAUCCGUCACGAUCCUUUAUCUAAAGCAUGGCCAUAUUUGCUGUUUAUUUGAUUUAGGUCUGUUGUAUGAACAAAGUUCUUUAUGUGUAAGUUGUUGUUUACAUGAGUAGAAGUAUUUGCACUUUAUAUCUUAUUGAGAAAAUAUUUUUGAUUCCAAAAUUGUACAAUGAGCUACCCUACAAGAAACCAUACUUUACAUAUCAAAACUUGACUCACUUCAACUCUCAAUGGUUCAUGAAACUAUGUAUGAACAAUCAAUAAAAGAG